GUUUUGAACUUCACACGUGGUCAACGGCUCCUCAAGGAAGUGGCUUGGGAACGAGUAGCAUUUUAGCGGGAGUUAUUUUAGCUGCCUUGCUACGGGUAACAGACCGCACAGCGAGCUUGGAUUCGCUUGUCCACGCGGUGAUGAUCGUUGAACAGAUGCUUACCACUGGCGGAGGCUGGCAGGACAAUGUGGGAGGACUGGUACCUGGUUUCAAGAUCUCUAGGUCCCAGGCUCGUUUGCCGCUGAAAGUGGAAGCUGAAAAACUGGAGCUCAGUGAUAAGACCGUUGAGGAUCUGUGCAACCGGCUGGUCUGCUUUUACUCUGGAAGAACAAGGCUCGCUAAGAAUUUGCUACAGGUAAAUUGGAGAGUUCACAGGUUCCUCACCGGCCCGCGCACACGCAGUGUUCUCUUUCCCUUCAAAAUAACUGUGAAGCCCAAGGGGCUUGAAAGCAUAAGACAUGCAUGGGAGGGGCGAUAUACGGGAGGGCUUGACAGGCGUUAGUGGCGUGGAAGUUUAGAGAGUGGUAGGGUGUGGUGAUGAAGUGAGUAAGUGGGUGGGGGGUGAUGGGAAAGGGUGUGUUUUAGUUAAAUCUGACGGUGCCUUAUUAUUUAUCGAGCAGAAUGUCGUCAGGAAUUGGUAUGCAAGGUUUCCACAAAUCACCAACAACGCAAGGAACUUGAUAGACAACGCAGAAGAGGCUGCUAAGGCGCUGAUAGAAGGUGAGUUGUGUAUCAAGGUCAGUGGUGCUUCUUCGACGAUAAAGAACUUCUUGUUUAACCCGACGUUCGGUAUGUGAUUUCUCAGAUUACCCUUCAGAUGCUUGGAUUUGAAUUUUUUACACUGCACAGCGUCAAUAGUUACAUUGCCUACAAUACUCGUCUGGAAAAAUCCUGAGAUUUACUCCUCACACUGUUGUGAAAUGUGCCUUCUCCCUCCCCAGUGUUGAGCCAUGCGUAUUUUGAAGCACUGAGACCACCGUAAUCCCCAAAUCAACAUUGGGGAAGGGGAAACGGACACAAGUGCUUCAAGAUUUUUGAAGAGUAUUGUAGCUUUAUUGGCUAUUUUGAGGUGUGCGCUAGACUGGUUCAGUGUAAUUUCGAAUUGCAUCGUGGGACUGUUUUGACCCAGUUUCCUGCGCAACCUCGCAAAAGCCAAUCAAAGAAGUGGUAGCGUCCCCAAAACAUUCGCAUAGUGCAAUUGGGUUCAACACGGACCCAGUCUCACGCGCAACUUAAAAAAUGGCAAAUUCACCAUUUUCACUUAGACCAUAAUGCACCUUGUUUGCCACCCAAAGUUUUGCAUAAUAAUUGUUUCCAGUUUCCCCUGGGUAUCACAGUCGUCCCAAGAGAAAUCGAGGACAACGGUUAUGCAAAAUUUUGAGCGGUAAGCAAGGUGUAUUAUCACCACGGUCUGUGCGAAAAUGGUGAAUAAACAACAUUAAGUAAGAACUACUCACUCAAAGCGUUUAUUAAGAUGUUUAGACGUUAGGAUUUUAAAUGGCAUUAUCUGCAUUUCAGGAAACAUCAAAAAGGUUGGUGAAUGCUGGACUUGUUAUCGACAUCAAAAGAGCCUGAUGGCACCGGGUGAGUGUGAUGCGCAUUGCGCUUACCAGCGUUUCGCUGUCGCUCAUUGUUGUUCUACUGUAACCUGCGAUCAGGUGGUCCUUCUUCCCUGCCGACUUUCGCGCUCCCCCGAGAAAAAAGGCGCCUGAUCUCAGGUUUACGUUACCGUACAAGACGCAAUUCCGUUUUUAGAGGCUGCGUUUCUACUGGUCAUCGCUUGAGAGAAAAAAAUUCCAAUCUUGCGGUGAAUGCGGAUAAAUAGGGGUUUUGCCGUAGCCGGUCAAAAGUUUCCCCUUUGCAGACCAACACUGUAGCAUCGAAGCCACACGUGCCUUUGUUAAUUCUACGCAGGCGCAAUAAAAACGGAACUCAGAAUUUCUGGUUGCGAUUCUGAAUUGGUCCAGAACGGACCAGAACGUUCAUUACCUGUUCCGCUGGACAAGAAUACCGAAGACUCCAGGGAGGAGUGUGAACCGAUCCAAAUGUAGCGCUGCCGCCAUUUCUUUGUAUGGAUUCACCGUUAUUAAUUAUCUUUGAGUUAUACAUUCGAAUGCUCUGUCUGCCAACAGGAUCGGAGCCGGAGGGGAUAAAGGACUUAAUGGAAGCGUUGAAGCCCUUGAGCUACGGUAUGUCUUCCACCGUUUGUCUCCGUAUGGGAUUGACCGCAGGCCAUUCCAUUUAAUAGCCUUAUCCCCCUCCUCCCCCCCUUGGAUGAGACAAGUUGACUCUUAUUCCCCUAAGCAAAAAAGACCAUAAGUACCCACACAAUCCCCCUUCAGAAAUAACCCAGUUUUUUCAGUUUUUCUCAUACCCCUUAGACAAUUUUUUUAACGAUGAAAGGUUGCCGACUCCUCCCCCCACCGAAAAUAACUUUCAAAUACCCCUCGGAAAAUUUCAUCCAAAGCGGAGAGGAUGGAUAUUACAUUGAAUGGCCCCUGUUCCUAUAAAUGAUGCUCGUACAAGGAUAUGAUGGAAAAAACUGAGCGCGUCAUUUGAAAAGGCAACAAGGAAUGUUCAGGUGAAUUGAUGAAAUAAACAGGCCCGUAAAGAAGAUGUCAUUUUUGAAAGACAUGUUCGAAAAGGUCGUUUUAAUACAAAAAAAGUCGUCUAACAUAUAUUUUGUUGGCUUUUAAUUUGUUGAUCUAUCAUCAUUGGGCAGGGGCUUCGGACGUCGUUUUUGAGGCCGGUAUUUUCCUACAAACCCAGCAUUAGAGUGAAACGUUGUCCCUUUUACAGCAAAAUCCAAAAAACUGAUUGGGGAUAGUUGGCGAGUUUGCUUUUCUUUAAUUAAAGAGUUGGUGAAGGCGAGUGCUUACAUCAGGGGUUAAAAUUUAUAACUUUCAGGUCAAGCGAUGGCCGGAGCUGGAGGGGGUGGAUUCAUUUUUGUUGUCACCAAAGAACCCAACAUGGUGGAGAAAGUCAAAGAAUUGAUCAAGGAAAAACAGGUGACAUUUCGUUUGUCAGAUAAGAUCCUUUUUUUUCUGAUUACCCGGAAAAAGAUCUGAUUGCAUGAUUUUACAGUGUUCUCUAAAGUAUACUCUCUUGUACAAGUAAAAUGUUUUGGUACAACAUCACGCCCGCUGCGAUUGUCCGAAACGCCCUCUACGUCACGCGCGUGCUUUAUUCGUAGGGGGUGCUAGUAAAGAAUGGGGGGCUCCUUUUUUAGUGCCCUUAAAACAGUUAUAGGCAGAAGUGGUAAGAGACGUUUACUCUCUCUUUGGUGAUUUUAUUUAGUUAGUCUUCCAGUUUAUGUUCCUGCCCUAUCAUUUUCUCUCAAGUUUUAUUAGUUUUCCACUGUAGCAUGCACUUUCAGGCCCCUAAAUCACCAGGCCUCUGUCCCGUUCACUAUGUAACCAUGACAACUAGCGUGAUUACUACAGCUUUGGCUUUGGGCACGGGCCAAGAGCCUAGGAUAGGAUAGGGUGUAGUACCGUUUAAUAUAGGUGGCUUCCUAAUAAUUAAUCACUCCCCUUUUCACUUUUGUUUUCUUAGCCCUCGGCUGAGAUCACUUUCUACGAUGUGAGCGUGGACUGGGAAGGGCUUAUUGUAAAAGUAGAGGAACCUUCGCAGUGAAUCUUGGAAUCGAGAAAUAAAUUGACUGAAGACCAAAGGCCCUUCCUAUAAAUAAUGAAUGAUAAAGAAAUAAGGCUAAACAAGAGCGCAUCUGGUAAGUGGUGUUUCGACCACCAAUCCGGAUCAAAUUGGAAUUCAGAUAUCUUGGUUUUUUGAGGAGAGAAGGAAACCGAGGUACCUGUCAAAAAAACUCUCAGAGCAAAGGCGAGAACUGCCAACAAUCUCAACUUUGCGUCACCAGGGAUUCGAACCCGGGUUAUACUGGUGGCAGGCGAGUUGCUCUCGCCACUUCGUUACCCUUGCCUCCUCUUUUACUUAACUUCGUCUUAUCCUAAAAUACCAAUAUCGAUGUAUUAUGAGGCUUGAGGAAAUGAAACAAAAGAAAUGUAAUAUAUAGAUUUAGCCAGAGCUAAAAGCGAAGCUCCAGUUUAUGCAUUUUAGAUUUACUUGAGACGAUAGACUUCAAACCAUUGCAAAAAAUCCGCAAAUCUAUACUUAACUUUAGAGGAGAACCAUAUGACUGAAAAACAUAAACUUGAGCCUGCGAUCAUUAAAAGCUAACAACUGGUCAGCGAAAAACUUGAAAUACACAUUGACCUCAACGAGUUGGCACCUGAGUCCGUGUUAUGGUCAUGUGACUCUGGUCAGCGGAUACCUUGUUUUGACAUCUGUCAAUUGACCAUGAUAUGGAUGUCUAUCAUCAAGUUAAGCUCGGGUUACUGGCUCCACAGUCGGCUCCGCACUAGCUAGAAAGUUUGACAUUUCACACUGGUUUCCCUGUGGUGCGAACGGACGGGAAGGCGUACGGUCACGUGGUUACAAAAUUUCGCGGACGGACAGAUUACCAAAUUUUUUUAGGUAUGGGGCUCCGUUCGCUCGUGGAGCUCCGUUAUUGUACAUUACUGAGCCUCAAAAUGAUUUCUUUUGUUUUUUCCACAAGCCUCGCAGCCAAAGUAUGAAUUUUAAUAUGUCGAAUUGUUUUUUAGGAGCACCUGAUUAUAGGAAUACAUUAACUUGCCAAUGAAGGUUUAUUAUACAAUAUAGAUUUUUAUAUAUAUCUACUUUAAUUUUUAAAUUUGAAAGGAACAAACAAAAUAUUUUAAGGUUUUUAAACAUUUUUCGAUGCGCUCGGUGUUCGACGCGUUUUUAUCUCGUCAAAUUAACAUGCCAUUAACAAUACACCCUUUACAGUUAUGGACAACAAAUAAUACAGUCGAACCGCUCUACAACGGCCACCUUGGGAGUAGAAGAAAGUGGCCGUUAUGGGAAGGUAGAGGUGAAAAAUAACUAAUUCUUUUUAGGGAAUGCAACAUGUUUAUUGUGCUACGUUCAUGCUUACUGUAUCCCGUAAUGUUAAUCCAGUACUAAUUAAGAAUAUAUAGAGAUAUUAAAAAACGCAAAAAUCUUGAAUAAUAUUUUUAAUCAAAAUGUCAACGUGACAAAAUGAACAAGUAUCGCAGAUAAUUUACGCUUACUCUUGCAGUACAAAUGGAACACAAUCAAAAUACGAUUGUUUUGAUUAAUCAUCAACGCGCUUUACGGAUCAAAUUUCAUGACCAUUCUUGACUUUUUCAUCAGUCGCUGAAAAAGAAGGCCCAUGUCGAGAGGUUAUUUUGGCAGUUUGGGACACGCUUUAGUGACGGUUGCCGUUGUAGAGAGGUUUAAAAGUGGCCGUUGUAGAGACAGGGGGGGAUCUAGGGAGAGGGUGCAGGGGGUGCACCCCCCCCCCCACUGAGAUGACCUGCGGUUUUUCUAAUACAACUGGUAUUCUGCCAAAAAAAACUAUGUGGUUUAUUGGUGUUGAAGUAGAGCAAGAGACGAGUGCACCCCCUCCUAAAGAAACUCCUGGAUCCGCCCCUGAGAGAGGUGGUCGUUAGCAGAGGUUCGACCGUGUAGCAUUUGAAAACUUAAUCUCUGACUAGUAUACGGAGACCUUACAACAAAAUGACUGGAGUCCUAAGUAGCAAACCUUUAUACACGGGUCAGAAACACAGUAGACUGUUCAGUCUCCUGUUUUUUCGUAAGAUUGUCAGGAUCGAGCGCUUACCGGUACGGACGGCCAUCUUUACCGUGCCACACCCCCUAAGUGGAUUUGACACUUAUUGCAUCCAAGAUGGCCGCCCGCAAAGCGAAAGCGCUUAAUGUGGACGGUCUUACGGGAAAAAUAGGGAACUGUGAACCCCCUGUGAAUAGUCCAGAAAAACAGUAGAUAAACAGAUGAGUACAGUAUGGGCUAGAAAAGGAAAGCAAGCAAAAGGCUAAAAGAAUAAUAGCUAAGUUAUUAUAGGCGUUAGAGAAAAAUAUCUGUUCCUAAUUAUGCACUGAAUGGAAGUUGCUGAGAGAUCUAACUGACUAUGAGUGUCCGACGCCGAUUACAGGACAACAGGGGCGAACCGAUAUCGUUACACCCCUCCUACCCAUGGCUUCCCCUGUUGGGCUGAUAUUAAACAGUAUAACACGCGUUAUUGGGGGCGCUCAGGAGGUUUCGGAACACGUGCGAGACACGCGAGACGACGGAAAGAGAAAAUCUUUCUCUCCUCUCUUUGUCUCGCGCUUCGUUUUCGCAAACCAAAUCUCGCCUGAUCGCCCCCAAUAACGCCUGUCAAGUCAGAAGGAGCUACAAUCGUGAGGAAAAUACAAUUCAAGUUGACCCUCGUCCCCGCUGGACAGUGUAGGGUGUUACAAGUCAAACACCUGGGUGUGUAUUGCAGGUUAGCUGCAAAUUCCAUACAAAACACGUGAAAAGGGGAGGUGUCCCAGAACCAUUUGGCCAGGAUUGUAGCUCAUUCUCUCUUGCGGCUGUUAAGCACGCUUUAGUUUUUUAUUUUUUUUUUUAUUUUUAUUUGUUUUAACAAACAUAAUGCUGACUUACUUACAUAGUACUUACUUACAUAAAGCUUUAAUACCUACUUACAUAUAACUUGCUAAGUUAAAUACUACUUACUUACAUAAUAAUAUAUAGAUUUAGCCAGGGCUAAAAGCGAGGCUCCCAUUAAUAAAUUUAUAAUUUAAAUUAAACAAUAAACUUGUAUUUGAAUUCCACAAUUCAGUUAACUUUAGAGCACAUUUAUGUGACUUUUGAGGGAAAGGCUACCUGAUUUUAGAGAAAAAUAAUUUGCAAACAGCCCAAGAGUGAACCAAAUCUUACAUCGAGUUGAUAGCCUCAUAUGUACACUUAAAAACUGGUAAUCAUCUUCGAUCACAUUUAAGAGCCAUAAUGGCUCUUGAUCACCGUAGAUUAAUUAGUGGAAAAAAAAUCAGGCCAACUUUUUUGCGUUCGACAAGUUUACUUUGCAAAAUCUUGUCAACAAAUCUGGGUGCGUGUAAACCAACCUCUUAUACCUUUCAUACAUCACAUCUGAGGUGAAACAGUAGUAUGAGGCACUGUUUUUAUCAUACCGGCAGACCUCGGACAGAAAGCAGUAUUUCACAAUACAAAUUGCACUCAUUCAAUAUUCAUAAACUGUUAAAAAAAUUUCCAAAAUCACCUAUACGGCCAUCCGGUUCUCACUUUUGUAGUGCGAGCUGUGGCUAGUGUUUGAAUGAACAUUAACAGAGUUACGCGCGGCAUUUUGAGUUAAAUAACUCCGGCAAGCGAUGUUCACUGAACGACUGAAAACAAUCGGAACAGCGAUUAAAAUUACAAGAGAGACUACUAAAAAUCAGUAAAAGAAAUAUAAUUCGGUGAAACAUAUACAGAGACAACAAUUUUCAUUCAGGAAGACAAGUAUUAAAGUGUCCCUAAAAAUCCUGAGUCUUCAAGCUUCAAGCUUAAGUUUAUGUUUUAAGCCGGCGUCCCGGUGUUUGCUUUUUUCAAAGACGAACUCGAGGCAAGAAAAUCGCUCAAAGCUUUCUUUUCCGGCCAGAAUUAUAACUAAAUAUUCUUUGGAACGUUUUCUUUCUAUUUGCGGUGAGAAAUUGUCUAAAGGCUUUUUAAAGUUCUGUAAGCUUAUAUCAAACCUGAUACUCGGUCAGAUCAUUGUCUCAAAUCUUACAAACGUGCAUAAACUAAAUGCCCGCAUAAACUACGCUCGACUUCAUUAAAUUAGAUACAAAAAACAAACAUCAAAUACAAUAAUUUCUCUGGCUUACCAUUCGAGAUGCAGCUCCUGAAAGUUAUCAAGAAAAGCCAGUAUCGCUUCAGACUGUGCAAUCCUCUUACGCAUCAAGCAAGGUGAAAACGAAAACGAUGCCAUCCGAAAUCGGAUUUCCGACUUUGACAAGCGACGUAUUCCUCAACCAAAAAACCAAUAAACAAACUAGCCAUGAAUAACAGAAGACUCCUGAUAGCAGCUGAAUUUCAUUUUGCACAUCCAGUGGAAAAAGACAGUUAAAAACAUCACAAGUUGACACAAAACUCUGUCAGCUUCAGCUGUCAAAGUAAACAAGAUUCAAGAUGCUGCAUAAAUUUUGCGCAUGAACUCACCUGUCAAAUUUUGACCAAUCAGAGCAUAAAAAUUGGACGUAGAGCGUGACCAACGCGUGACCAUGGUGAGAAAAGUCAAAACCAACUGUCUUCCCUGCCUGUAACAGCUAGCUGAAUUUUCGCGUCCGAGGUCAGUUUGCAAUCAAAAUUUUAAUUGUGUAGCACAUAAACACAACAUAUUUCAUAUGAAUUUAGAAAAAAAUUGAACUUGAGCCUGCGAUCACUUUAAAACAAGUAACUUGUCAGCGGAUAGCUUCAAAAAAAUCCUUGACCUCGAUGGGUCGACACCUGAGCCCGCGAUACGGUCAAGUGAUACUGGUCAGCGGGUACCCUGUUUUGACAGCUGUCAAUUGAUCAAAACAUUGAUGUCCAAUAUGUGGGCAUUAUCAGUUUAACUAGUAUGAGAUUGAACAUUGUUCGCGAUCUAGUAAAACAAUUAACUGGUCAGCGGACAGCUUCCAAAUAAAUCACGUCACCUCGAUGAGUUGACACAUGAGCCCGCGAUAUGGUCAUGGGAUACUGGUCAGUGGCUAUCCUGUUUUGACAGCUGUCAAUUGACCAUAUUGUGAAUGUCCUAUACUAAAAUCCUAUAUUAAAGAUGUGGACUUGCCAAGACACGCCUGAGACACCCCUCCCUUCCUUGUGAUAGUCUCCCCUACCCCACCCGUACAAUCUGUAGACGCGUACGUACGUAUGUACGUACGUACGUACGUACGCUCGGUCAAUCACGUGACAACCAAACGAAAAGAGGUUGACCAUAUUCCAUGAGUAUGGGGCUCUGUCCCACGCGCGCUUCGCGCGCGCGGGAGCCCCGCUAUAAACUUACAAGAUAAUGCUUAUAAAACAGGAGCCGAUGAGUUGGAGUCUGUUACAAAAUAAUGAAAAAAGCAUUCUAAUACACUAAUAACUAACUUACUAUCUAUUAACGAAGAGUGAAUACGCUAAAAACGACAAAAAAAUAGAUAAAUAAAUAAAUAAAUAACAAACAAACAAAACAAAAAAGCGAAAAAACAAGGGAAAUUAGCCAGAAUCAAGAAAAUUAUUUUUACAGCUUGACUUGCACCUUAGCUUUGCUAGUUUCAAUUUGUAUUUUAUUUUUAAGGAUAGACAAAAAAGCGUCGAAAAAAUAAUCUUCCUCAUUUUUAGACGCGGUGUAAAUAUAGUAUUUUGCAAUUAUCAAGCAGAGGUUUAAACCAAGACACUGAGGCACGGUGUCUGUAAUGCCAUCACUAAAGCACGCUUUAGUGAUGUGAAAAAAAUGGAGAAUUUUCUAGAAUUCAUGACAAAUAGUGAAAUAUUUCCGUCACCCGUGGUCCCAUUAUUGUAGAUUAGCAGCGCACAGGGGUAAAACUAUGGUAGAUACAUUAUAUUUUAGACAUAAUUUGUAUAGGUAAUAGCAUGAUUAGUAGUGAUAUUUGGCAUAAAUGCCACGAGUAAUAUUUCAAAAUAUACGUAAUUUCACAAGCCGAUAGGCGAGUGAAAUUUGAUACAAUUUUAAAAAUUUCACGAGUGGUAUUUAUGCCAAAUAUCACGUACAAAUUAUGCUAUUAUUUGUCUAUACUACUACCCGCGGAAGGUUUGUAAUUUUCACAUGUAGGUAUUUCAUAUUAAGCUGAAAUACCACUGCUCUAAGCCAAUCAAAUUGCAGAAAUUUCUCAUGUGGUGGUAUAAACGAAACUAGAAUAAAAGAAAAACUACUUAUUUUUUAUUGUGCUUUCGAUUUUAUCUGGCCCCAGUUGGUCAAAAACUAAACAGCGCUGUCUAUUGGAUAAAUCUUUAUCCAGUGUCUAACGCAACUGGUUUCCCUAAUACUUUUUUCCAACGCUAUUUGGCUGCUUUUCGUACAAUCUCUGACGUCACUAACUUUUAACACCUGGAAGUCCAUCUGUUGCAAAUGCAGUAGGUCACGUAAUCUUCUAUUAACUUGCAACUGCUGCUACUAAGACUAUUUAUCGGCUGCGGCAGUGAUUCGUUCUUAUUGUUUUUGAAAAUAGGAUUUUCAUAUUUCUUAUAAUGUUUUAAUGUUUACAUAGUUAGUAUUUGCGUAUUUUUCGUACUCUGGAGCCUCGAGCUCGCUCUGUUGUGUGUCCCGCACCUUCGACUCUCCUUUUCGUGGCUAGUUCAAAUGUAUUUUUCUUUUUCCUAGUCUUUUCUCCCAUUGUAGUCAUGGUGAAAGCGAUUAAGUAAAUAAAUAAAAAACCAGGAAGACCUCUUGUUCUAAGAACCCCUGGUUGUGAGAACCCCUGGUCGUAAGACCUCUGGUUGUAAGAACCCCUUGUUGCAAGACUAUGGGUUGUCAGAGCCCCUAGCUGUAAGACCGCUGGUUGUAAAAACCACUGGUUGUAAGACCCCUGGGUGUAAGAACCCCUGGUUGUAAGACCCCUGGUUGUAAGAAAACCUGGUUGUAAGACCCCUGGUUGCAAGAACCCCUGGUUGUAAGACCCCUGGUUGUAAGAAAACCUUGUUGUAAGACCCCUGGUUGUAAGAAGUCCUGCUUGUAGGACCCCUGGUUGUAAGACCCCUUGUUGUAAGAAGUCCUGCUUGGAAGACCAGUUGUUGUAAAAACCCCUAAUUGUAAGACCCCUGGUUGCAAGAACCCCUGCUUGUAAGACCUCUAGUUGUAGGAAGCCCUGCUUGUAAGACCGCUGGUUGUAAGAGGCCAAAGUUGUAAGACCCCUAGUUGCAAGAACCCUUAGUUGUAAGAAGUCCUGGUUGUAAGACCCCUAAUUGUAAGAACCCGUUGUUGUAAGACCCCUGGUUGUAAGAAGUUUUGGUUGUAAGACCCCUAGUUGUAAGAACCCCUGGUUUUAAGACCCCUGGUAGUAAUAACCCCUUGUUGUAAGACCCCUCGUUGUAGGAAGUCCUGGUUGUAAGAAGCCUGGUUGUAAGAACGCGUGGUUGUAAGACCCCUUUUUGUAAGAAGUCCUGGUUUUAAGACCCCUGGUUGUAAGAACCCCUGGUUAAAAGACCCCUGGUUGUAAGAAGUCCUGGUUGUAAGACCCCUGGUUGUAAGACGCCUGGUUGUAAGAAGUCCUGGUUGUAAGACUCCUGGUUGUAAGAACCUCUGGUUGUAAGACCCCUGGUCGUAAGAAGUCCUAGUUGUAAGACCCCUGGUUAAAAGAAGUCCUGGUUGUAAGACCCCUUGUUGCAAGAAGUCCUGGUUGUAAGACCCCUGGUUGUAAGAAGUCCUUGGUCUAAGACCCCUUGUUGUAAGAACCCCUUGCUGUAAGACCGCUUGUUGUAAGAAGUCCUGGUUGUAAGACCCUUUGUUGUAAGAAUUCCUGGUGUUAAGACCCCUUGUUGUAAGAACCCCUUGUUUUAAGACCUUUGGUUGUAAGAAGUCGUAGUUGUAAGAGCCCUGGUUUUAAAAAGUCCUACCUUUAAGACCCCUGGUUGUAAGAAGUCCUAGUUGUAAGACCCCUUGUCGUAAGAACCCAUGGUUGUAAGACCCCUGGUUGUAAGAAGUCCUAGUUGUAAGACCCCUGGUUGUAAGAAGUCCUGGUUGUAAGAAGUCCUAGUUGUAAAACCCCUGGUUUUAAGAACCCCUGGUUUCAAGACCCCUGGUUUUAAGAAGUCCUGGUUGAAAGACCCCUGGUUGUUAGAAGUCCUAGUUGUAAGACACCUGGUUGUAAGAACCCCUGGUUGAAAGACCACUGGUUGUAAGAAGUCCUGGUUGUAAGACCCCUGGUUGUAAGAAGUCCUACUUGUAAGACCCCUGGUGUUAAGAAGUCCUAGUUGUAAGACCCCUGGUUGUAAGAACUCUUGGUUCUAAGACCCCUGGUUGUAAGAAGUCCUAGUUGUAAGACCCCUUGUUGUAAGAACCCCUGCGUGUAAGACCCAUGGUUUUAAGAACCCCUUGUUGUAAAACCCUGGUUGUAAGAAGACCUGGUUGUAAGAACCCCUGGUUGUAACAAUCCCCGGUUGUAAAUCUCCUGGUUGUAAGAACAGCUUGUUGUAAGACCCCUGGCUGUAAGAACCCCUUGUUUUAAGACGCCAGUUGUGUGAAGUCCUGGUUGAACGAUCCAUGCUUGUAAGAACCCCUGGUUGUAAGACCCCUUGUUGUAAGAAGUCCUGGUUGUAAGAGCCCUGGUUGUAAAAAAAAAAAUGUAAGACCCCUGGUUGUAAGAUUCCCUGGUUAUAAGACCCCUGCUUGUAAGAACCCCUGGUUUUAAGAACCCUUUUUGAAGAACCUCUAGUUGUAAGACCCGUAGUUGUAAAAACCUCUGAGUGUAAGACCCCCGGUUGUAAGAACCCCUUGUUGUAAGACCCUGGUUGUAAGAAGACCUGGUUGUAAGACCCCUGGUUGUAAGAACCCCUGGUUGUAAGACCCCUGGUUGUAAGACCCCUGGUUGUAAGAUCCCUGGUUGUAAAAAGUCCUGGUUGUAAGACCCCUGGUUGAAAGAUCAGUAGUUGUAUGAACCCCAUCUUGUAAGACCCCUGGUUGUAAGAAACCCUGGUUGUAAGACCCCUGCUUGUAAAAGUUCCUGGUUGUAAGAACAUCUGGUUGUAAGACCCGUGAUUGUAAGAACUCCUGGUUGUAAGACCUCGUGUUUUAACAACUGCUGGUUGUAAGACCCCUUGUUGUAAGAACUCCUGGUUGUAAGAGCCCUGGUUGUAAGAACCACUGGUUGUAAGUCCCAAAGUUGUAAGACCCCUUGUUUUAAGAAGUCCUGGUUUUAAGACCCGUUGUUGUAAGAACCCCUGGUUGUAAGACGCCUUGUUGUAAGAAGCCCUGGUUGUAAGACCCCUAGUUGUAAGAACCGCUGCUUGCAAGACUCGUGAUUGUAAGAAGUCCUUGUUGUAAUUAAGACCUCUUUUUUUAACAACUGCUGGUUGUAAGAACCCUGGUUGUAAGAACUCCUGGUUGUAAGACCCCUGGUUUUAAGAACCACUGGUUGUAAGUCCCAAAGUUGUAAGAUUCCUUGUUUUAAGAAGUCCUGGUUUUAAGACCCCUUGUUGUAAGAACCCCUGAUUGUAAGAACUCUGGUUGUAAAAACCCCUUAGUUGUAACACUCCUAGUUGUAAGACCUCCUGGUUUUAAGAACCCCUAGUUUUAAGACCCCUAGUUGCCUUAACCCCUGGUGUUAAGAUGUCCUGGUUAUAAGAAGCCUGGUUGUAAGAACCUCAGGUUGUAAGACCCCUGGCUGGAAGAACCACUUGUUGUAAGCACCUUGCUUGUAACAAGCCCUGCUUCUGAGACCCCUGGUUGCAAGACUGCUGGUUUUAAGAACCCGUUUUAAGACCCCUGGUUGUAAGAACCCCUUGUUAUAAGACGCCUGGUUGUAAGAAGUGCCUGGUUGUAAGAAGCCUGGUUGUAAGAACCUCUGGUUGUAAGACGCCUGGUUGAAAGAACCGCUUGUUGUAAGACCCCUAGUUGAAAGAAGUCUUGGUUGUAAGAGACCUGGUUGUAAGAACCCCUGGUUGUAAGACACCGUGAUGUAAGAAGUCCUCGUUUUAAGAUCCCUGGUUGUAAGAACCCCUGGUUGUGAGACCCCUGGUUGUAAGAAACCCUGGUUGUAACACCCCUGGAUUUAAGAACGCCUGGUUGUAAGACCCAUGGUUGUAAGAAGUCCUGGUUGUAAGAGACCUGGUUGUAAGAACCCCUGGUUGUAAGACCCCUUGUUGUGAGAAUUAAGUCCUGGUUUUAAGACUCCUGGUUGUAAGAACCCCUGGUUGUAAGAUUCCUUGUUGUUAGAACUCCUGGUUGUAAGACCCCUGGUUGUAAGAAUUCCUGGUUGUAAGACCCCUGGUUGUAAAAGCCUCUUGUUGUAAAACGCCUGGUUGUAAGAUGCCCUGCUUGUAAGACCCCUGAUUGCAAGAACCCCCGGGGGGGGACUUUAGGAACUUCUGGGUGGGGAUGUGCCGCUGGGAGCCUGGAACCCUUAACCGUUACCAGAGCUAGUUCAGCUGAAUUUUGCUACCCUAUACUAGAGUAAACUCCCCAAAUCCCCCUAUCCUAGAGUAGCUGUGUACCUAGUCUAGAUAAAAUCUUCAACCAACUGAUCAGUUUCCUGAAAAAUGAUACCCUAUUCUAGAGCCAAACGCUCUGAUAUAUAUACCCUAUCCUAGGGUAAACUGCUUGAAAACCAUACCCUUCACAGCGGCACAUUCCUAUAUAGCCCAUAUAUGGCAGUACCCCCCCCGGGGCAAGAACCCCUUGUUGUAAGACCCUGGUUGUAAGAAGUCCUGCUUGUAAGAUCCCUGGUUGUAGGAAGUCCUGCUUGUAAGAAGCCUGAUUGUAAGAACCCUUGGUUGUAAGACCCCUGGUUGUAAGAACCCCUUGUUGUAAGACCCUUGGUUGUAAGAACUCCUGGUUGUAAGAACCCCUGGUUGUAAGAUCCCUUGUUUUAAGAAGUUCUGGUUGUAAGACCCUGGUUGUAAGAAGUCCUGCUUGUAAGACUUCUGGUUGUAAGAACCCAUGUUCUAAGACCCCUGGUUGUAAGAACUCCCGGUUGUAAGAAUCCCAUGUUGUUUGAUCUCCUGGUUGUAAGAUCAACGGGUGUCUUUGGAUCCUUGUUUGCCAGACCGACCAGCCGAGCACUUGCCACAAAAUUUGAAGAAGUGAUCAUUCGUUUGAAGAAUUAAUGCAUUUAUAUCGACAUAAGACCACUGUUUUUUUAAUGUGACAGUCUCGUUCGUGUGUGAGUAAUUAAAGGAAGAUGAACCUUGGUUGAUACGUACCUGUACUCUAGUAUAUUAGUAUAGUGGCGCUUAGCAGAACGGGGGCGCUUAUUCGAAAAGGGGUUCUUUUUGGAAGAGGGUGCUCAAUCGAAUCAUUACGCAGGGGUAGCCAACGUCGAUUUUCGGGAAAUAUCUGUUUGGAAGACGAUUUGAGAUCUAGAAUUUUCGGAACAUUUGUUGUAAAAUUUCUUGCUUGCCUGCCUCUCUUACGAUUUUCGAACAUCCAAAAAUUGCCCGUUUUUAACGGAUUUUUACCCUAAAAAGGUCACCUAGAAUUUUCGGAAGCUUUUUUUCUGGCUGAAAUUUUCGAAAAGGUAUGUUUUUCGGAGCACUAGACUUUCUUCUAGGAAAUCCGAGCAGAUGAAAACUUUUUAGGGGAUGAAAAUAUGCCUAUAUCUACCGUUUAAAUACUAAAAUACGUUUAACAAUGCUAUGUUUAAGUGGUUGUGAAUUAUAUUCUCGUUGGGUGCUCCUGAUUACGGUAGGUAACCGCGUGAAAAUAUACAAUCUUGCGUGUAAAACAAUUUUUUCUUCCUGCCGACUAAAAUUUCCUAUGAAAAAUUGCAGACAAAUGUCUGACAAAUUUAAAGCAAACGACCUCACAAAUUAAGGCACGGGUGCGGCCCCCAUUAAUUGUUACUACAAUCCUUUGCUGUGAAGCUUAAGUUUACAAUUCUGUUUUUUUUCUCAGAACAUCCGUUUACGAAAAUUAUCCGACAUUAAAUUCCUAUACAAGACCCUUCACCUGUCCAGAGGGCUUUCAAAACCGUCAUAUUAAAGGGCCAUAGUGUACGGCAGUACGAAAAUCGAAUUUUUAAUAGUUCAAAACAAUCGUGUAUUCUUUGCCUCUGGUUUUUUGUCAGUCCAGUUAAAAUCAAAAAUACAAAAUGUUCUGUAAAUUCCGUGUUUUAGAGUAUUCCGUUUACAGCCAAACCUGUUUUAAGCGGUCACCCUUUGGGAAUGGCUUACUCACCGCUUAGUACAGAUUGACCAUUUAAUACAGGUUUGACAAACGUGAGAGUUAUUCAAGAAAACGAAGCUAGUCAAAGAGCGAAAUAUCUAUCUCGCGACAAAUUGACCUCCACCUGUUUCUACCUCUUCUUGGGCCAAAAGAAAAAAGUUAAAGUCCACUUGACGUCAGACACUAUGCGACCUGUUGCACUAAAAUGGUACUUCUUCUCAAAGCGACCGUUUAAUAGAGGUGAAGACCAUGAUUUCCGGGACUUUGGUAAGUGACUGCUUAAUAGAGGGUGACCACUUAAUAGAGGUCCGCUUAAUACAGACAUCUUAGAAUAUUCCGUGUAUCAUGUGUAUUCCGCCAUUCCGUUCCAUCAUUCCGUCAGUCCGCCAUUCCUCUAAAUAGAGUCAGUCCCCCUGGAGAUGCGCGCGGUGAGGUGGAAAGGGAAAGAGGAUAUUGCAAUUUAUAAAAUAACUAAGAUAGUACGUGCGUUCUGAUUGGUUGAAAACCUAUGGUUUAUUCCGCCGGUAAACUCAUAGAAAUUAUUUACUUUAUAAAAGCAAUAGACCACACUUUCUUCCUCGCCUUCGGCUCGUGAUUUACCAGCUUUUCACGCGUUCUCCCAACAUCCUGCGUGGGUUAUCACGUCGGUAAACCCAUAGAAAGUGUGGUCUAUUGCUUUAAUGGUGAGACCUUUCCGUUACCUUGAGGACAAUAGGGAUCUUUAGAUCCGAGGACGCUCACGGCGACGGCAGAGAAAACGUCGCUGAAAAAGUGAAUUCGUGUUCUUUCAAUCUUCAUCGCGAUUACUCCAAGUCACUAACACUCCAAGUCACAUUUUUUUCAUUUUCCAAUGUAGGCGGACCAUCCUAAAGUUGAAUUCGUAAGUACCAUAGCCAAGUGCAGACAGAGAGAGGAAAUCUCGUCGUCGCUUGUGUACUUUCUCUGUACAAUGUGAAAUUAGGCAUUUUCACGUCGUAGUCGUGCAGUGACGGCAAAGAAAUGUACAAAAAAGCGUGAUGCACGCGCAAAAUUGUUGUUUUUUGGUUAUUAAACCUAUUGUUUUUGUGGCGUUCCCGUUGCCGUCGCCGUCGUCGGAUCUUAAGGUCCCUAGUACGGAGCUUUUAAAGCAACAACUACGGCGACGGCUACAAAAACGUCAGUUAAACUGAGGUAAAGUUGCGCUACUUCAAACUUGAUCGCGCUUAUUCCACCUUGUUCAGUUCGUCAAAUUUUGGCAAUUUUUUCUGGAGUUGAAUUUAAAAAGACUUUAUCGAAGUUCAGGAAAAGGAAAAGAAAAAGAAAAUCGUUGCCUUGCCGCCUUUUUAUUUUUGUCACGUCUUAAAUUAGGCAUGUCGUGCAGUGACGGCAAAGAUCGAAAUGUGCAAAAAAAAGGUGAUGCAUGUGCAAAGUUGUUGUUUUGCCAAUCUUAACCUGUUGCUUUUUCGCCGCUCUCGUUAACGUCUCCGCCAUCGACAUUUCUUUAAUAAGCUCCCUUAUGACCGUUUAUACAAAUGAUGAGAGGAGCCUGGGGAUGAGCCAGUCAUAACAUGUUAUGGCAAUUUUGUUACGGCCAGCAUUUUUCUGCUUUGCGUGUAAAUUGUGCUCAUGUUUUUUAAGCAUACAUUUUUUUUUAUUCUACCUGUCCCGGCUGUAUGCAUUCUUCUCUUGAGAAGUUUUCUCCCGGGGGUACUCAUAGGAAUUCUUGGUGGGGGUGUGUUGCCCGGUUCUCCCUAUUUCAGACCAAAAAUGUCAUUUUCCUCACUCGUUUUCAGACCAGACCUCUAAAAUCCAUACCCGUUUUCAGAUCUAACCUUUAGGCAGAAAUUAUGUUAUCAUUACUAAGCCUUGUUAGAGAGCAAACAAGAAAUUCUUCAAAUUCAUUUCAGUAUUGCUCUUUCUUUCUUACUCAUUUGGAAUUGAAACGAUAAAUACGUUUAUACAUUUCCGUGGUUCCCUCGAAAACCAUACCCGAUUCCAGAUCAACAUUAGCCUGCGUAGCAGGCGUCGAAAGGGGUAGGGGAUAGGGAAAAAGGGAAAAAAAGAGGGGGGUAGGGAGAGAAGGGAUAUUUUGAUAGAAUUUGUGCUUUUCUCCCUCCCCCUCCCCCUGCCCUUUUUGCGCCUGCCACGCAGGCUAGAUCAACAUAGGCAAAGGGUAUCCCCGUUUUCAGAUCAAAACGGCGCAAAAAUGAAACCCGAUGGGGCUGCACAUACCCCAUAUAAUGUAAAGGAAUACCCCUACCGCUUCACGUGUUCAAAUCGUAGCAUGAACUCCCGCCAAAAUGUGUUUGACCUUGAUCUUUGGACCUGAUUGAGAUUUCACGUGAAAAACAUUUCUUGAUGGUCACGAAUUUUUUAUUAUUAUUAUUUCAGUAUGAAAAUAAUAUUCUGCAUUCAGUGUAAUUUGUAGGCACAUCGAUAUAUUAUAUUUUGUUUGCUCUGGAGGAUUUUACUGGUAAGCGUUUGUAAACGUGACAACUUCGUGACAACGUGACUUGAGAAUCAACCAGCCAAUCAGCUGUCUUUAAAAUUGUGUGUUGACAUGGUAAAAUUGACAGGGUAAACAACAGGGAAUCACCAUAAUCUUGACUGUCUUGACUGACUUGAAGUAAAAGCUUAUUUGUUUGGGUUUGCCGCAGAAACUAAGGCUGUGUCCAAGCAUAAUAUGCAUAUUUAAUAACGCUUGCUUGAAAACUAACAUGAAAACCCUCGAAAAUAUGCCUCGGCAUGGAUUUCGAGAUACCGGCAUCAUGACGGAAACUGCGUCGAAGAUGUUUGUUUUCAGAGACAGAGACCAUUCAAACGCUGCCUUUGAGAAUUUAGCUGCUUUCCGGGCAAACGGAUUACUUUGUGACAUCGUAUUAAGCGUGGAAGGCAGAGAAAUACCAGCUCAUCGAGUGAUUCUCGCGGCUGGAAGUCCAUAUUUCAGGGCAAUGUUUCUCGGAAAACUCGCGGAGAGCUGUCAAGACCGCGUCGUACUGUAUGAAAUUGAUGGAGUUGCAGUUGAAGUGCUUGUUCAAUAUGCGUACAGUGGAGUCGCAGAAAUUAAUGAAUGUAACGUACAGUCCCUAUUGUAUGCUUCAGCCGUUCUUCAGUUUGAUAAGGUCAGGCACGCUUGCUGCGUUUUUCUGCAAAAGGCGUUAAGAGUUUACAACUGUUUGGGGAUCCGCUUGCUUGCCGAGUGUCUGUCGUGCCACAAUCUUUUCGAGUCAUCGCAUCAAUUCGUUGCUGAUCACUUUGACGAUGUUCUUAAGCAGGAAGAAUUCUUGUUGCAGCCCUUCGAAUCUUUAGAUGCUUUGCUUGAUUGCAAAUUUCUUAGCGUUGCUUGCAAGGAGAAACUCUUGAACGGCGUUUUAGAGUGGCUGAACUUUCGUCCUUUAGAACGCCAGCGUCACGCCCCCUGUCUUAUCAAGAGAUUUUGCUCGACGAAGGUUUCUUCUGAUUUUCUGAAAAACUGCGUUCUAAAAGAUCCAAUUAUUCAAGAGACCUCUGAAUGCCAGCGUAUGAUUCUAGAAGCCAUGCAAUCUUCAAAUACGCCAGAUACUCACAAAUUCAACGGGAUUGCUCUGCGCUCUCACCGAACUGGCCGUGAAAUUAUUUUGACCAUAGGAGGGGAGUCCGAGGGAAUGUACUUAAGCAGCUCUCAAUGUCUCUGUUCAAACAAUGACAGAUGGAGCUGGGACAUUCCAGGACAGCUAGAUGACUUGAUGCCACUGGCGCCCAUGAAAAAGGGACGAAAUUACAUGGCAGCCGCGUCUACUGGGUGCCAUGUCUAUAUAAUUGGUGGGAAUUCUUCUGAGGAGGUGUUGGAUUGUGUAGAACGCUACGAAUGGCCAAGUAACGAAUGGCAUCAACUGUCGCCUUUGCAUGUCGAGCGGAUGGGUGCUGCUGCUGCCAUCUUGAAUGGACAACCUAUUGCGAUUGGUGGUUUUAGUAAAUUUUCAGGCUAUCUGUCAUCAGUGGAGGUGUAUGACUCUUGGAUUGACAACUGGUCAUUGAUAACACCAAUGAGGACAAAACGAAAUUAUCUCGGUGCUGCAGAAAUAGCAGGCUCUGUCUAUGCUAUUGGUGGAUUUGGUGGAGAGAACGAGAGUUCAUAUGGGUAUCUCACAUCAGUUGAGUGCUUUGAAGCUCAGAGAGGGAUUUGGCAGUCUGUGUCUCCCCUAUCAGAGCCGCGGGCAUACUUGAGUGCAGUUCAGAAAGAUGGUGAGACAGUCAGAUGUAGUUAACGAGAUUAUCGUUGAGGGGAAGAAAAAGCAACAAGGUAGCCUCCAUAACAAGCAUUUCUGCACCUGUUUGGCGAGGAAGUUGGGAUGAGAGCAAACAGGAGAAAGUAAGAGGAGGGUCUUCUCCCCUUCCCCUUCCCUCCAUUUCUGUCUCUUGCUCCAACUUUCACACUUAACUUAAUUGGAAAAGCUUGCUGUGAUGGCUAGGAUCAAGGUAAACCAGCCACCAAGUCUGGAUCCCUGUUAAUUUAGACGGGGUUUUGGUUCAAAAGUUAUACCCUCUUCCAGAAAUAAGUAUGUUAAAUUUAAGUACCCCAUUCUUGAUAAUAAUAAUUCAUUUGUUUAGCUGCUAAUAUUGCAAGACAGCUCUCAGGGAAACAGUUUUAUUGUUCGAAGUCAAAUGAGAACAUUUGCUGUUGGGGAAAAAUUUCGUUACAGCUGUGUUUAUAUUCAUGUCUUCCAAAAAAUUUUAUUAUAUCCCAUUCAAGUAAACAUCUUGAAUAUGAAAUUACCCCAUUCUAUAAUUGAAUAAACUGUGCAAAUUCCUGAUCUCAAUGAGCAUUUUAUAUUCUGGCCUAUAUAGUUAUGCAGUUGUAACCUCCCUUUAAUUUUUUCUUACAUAUUUGUUAAUAUAUAACAGGGUCAAUUUAUGCUCUUGGAGGCUAUAACUCCUCCUGGUUAAACUCUGCCGAAAGGUUUGAUCCACGUGAAGGAAGAUGGUAUAGAAUUCGACCCAUGUUAUCUCCCAGGAGCAGCUAUGGAUUAAGUGUCAUGGGCAGUUGUCUGUAUGUUGUCGGAGGGUUCAAUGGCUUGAGAAAUCUGAAUUCAGCUGAAAGCUAUGACACCAAGGCCGGGAAGUGGAUGGCAGCUCCUCCGUUACAGAACACUAGGUACGGGUUGGCUCUUGCAACACUGGUUACAUGACUGCACAUUUAACAUACCGGUAUUAACCUUCAGACUGUAUAUAUGCUCAAGGCACCAAUUAAAUUCGAUUUUGCAUUGUGUCGUUUGCCAACUGUAUACCCUGACCGAAUGCUUAACAACUGCAAGGCAAGCUCAAAAUUAUGGCACAUUUUUGGGGCCUGCAACAAUAAGCAGCGUGGGAAUAUUAUGUCAACAAAAAUGUGAUGAAAUUUCCUAUGCUUCAGAGAAAACCCUCUGGCAAAACUGCAAGAUUUGAAAUUAUUAGAUGAGGGUUACCUAAUACUGUUGACUCCAC